AGAUGCGGGCACUCACGGUACUUCCCUACCCCAACUUGCAGCCAGUAAUGGCCGCCCAAUAAUUUCUGGCCCAGCUUCACUGUGCUUGCUCACCCGAAAAGAGGACACGUUGAGUGACCACAUCUCUCUUCUACCGGACUAGAAAACCACCCAUCACCCCGACCUCCCAAUCUUGAUCUUGGGAAUUUUCUUUUUCUUUCCUCGAGCUCUGGGAGCAAUCAUUCAUUGUGAAUAACCUCUCUCAAUUGUCUCCGUGGACGGCGCUUUGUUCCUCUACAUCCAUACCUUCUGUCGCCGCCCUUUCACAUCCCCCAUCCCGACUGAUCGUCUUGCUGCUUGAGAACAGCAGCUUGCUGUCAUCAUGAAGUUCAACGCUGUGGCAGCUGCCGUUGGUGCAGCCCUUCUUGCCGGCAGUGCCUAUGCCGAUGAUGCUCAGAAGGUCAUCAAGGACGAGGCCUCGGCCGCUGAGCCCGUUCCCACGCCCACCUUCACUCCUACGAAGCUGAAGGCGCCCUUCCUCGAGCAGUUCACCGAGGGCUGGGACAAGCGGUGGAAGGCCUCUCACGCCAAGAAGGACAGCUCUGAUGAGGAAGAAUGGGCCUUCGUUGGCGAGUGGUCGGUUGAGGAGCCUACCGUCUACAAGGGCAUGGAGGGUGACAAGGGCCUUGUCGUUAAGAACGUCGCUGCUCACCACGCCAUUUCUGCCAAGUUCCCCAAGAAGAUUGACCCCAAGGGCAAGACCUUGGUUGUCCAGUAUGAGGUCAAGCUUCAGAAUGGCCUUGACUGUGGUGGUGCUUACCUGAAGCUCCUGCGUGAUACUAAGGCUCUUCACCAGGAGGAGUUCUCCAACACUACCCCAUAUGUCAUCAUGUUUGGGCCCGACAAGUGUGGCCACACCAACAAGGUGCACUUCAUCUUCAACCACAAGAACCCCAAGACCGGCGAGUAUGAGGAGAAGCACCUGUCUUCCCCUCCUACUGCUCGCAUUGUCAAGACUACCGAGCUCUACACUCUCAUCGUGCACCCCAACAACACCUACAUUAUCCAGCAGAACGGCGAGCAGGUCAAGACGGGCAGCCUUCUGGAGGGUUUCGCCCCAGCUGUCAACCCGCCAAAGGAGAUCGAUGAUCCCAAGGACAAGAAGCCCGAGGACUGGGUUGACGAGGCCCAGAUCGCCGAUCCCGAGGCCAAGAAGCCCGAGGACUGGGAUGAGGAUGCGCCGUUUGAGGUUGUCGAUGAGGAGGCCACUAUGCCUGAGGAUUGGCUCGUUGAUGAGCCCAUUACCGUCUCUGACCCCGAGGCUGAGAAGCCCGAGGAUUGGGAUGAUGAGGAAGACGGUGACUGGAUCGCCCCUACCAUUCCCAACCCCAAGUGUGCCGAGGCUUCUGGCUGUGGCCCGUGGACCAAGCCCAUGAAGCAGAACCCCGACUACAAGGGCAAGUGGACUGCGCCCUUCAUCGACAACCCUGCCUACAAGGGUGUCUGGGAGCCUCGCAAGAUCAAGAACCCCAACUAUUUCGAGGACAAGACGCCUGCCAACUUUGAGCCCAUGGGCGCUAUCGGUUUCGAGAUCUGGACCAUGCAGAACAACAUCUUGUUCGACAACAUCUACAUUGGCCACUCUGUUGACGACGCCGCCAAGCUUGCCGAGGAGACCUUCUUCCUCAAGCACCCGAUCGAGGAGCUCGCUGAGCUCGCCGACAAGCCCAAGGAGGAGGAUAAGCCCAAGUCGCCGUCCGACCUCAAGUUCUUGGAUGACCCGGUCCACUACAUCAGGGAGAAGCUCGACCUCUUCCUGACCAUCGCCAAGAAUGACCCCAUCCAGGCCAUCAAGUUCGUCCCCGAGGCUGCCGGUGGCAUCGCCGCCGUUCUGGUUACUAUUCUCGCCGUCGUUGUCGGCCUCGCUGGUUCGGGUAGCUCUGCUGCCCCGGCUGCCAAGAAGGUUGCCACCGAUGCGAAGGACAAGGCCAAGGAGGCUGCGAGCAAGGCCGCAUCAGCGACCGGUGCCGAUACCUCAAAGGCAGACCUUAACAAGCGCAACACCCGGAGCCAGUCGUAAGUGGCUAGCGGUGAUGUGGGAAGGCGGGACAGACGGGGGGGCAGUAAUUCGGUAGUUAGCAAAAAUGGGUUGAGAUGGAUUUGACAUGACAAGGGUUGAGCUGCGGUUCAAUGGCACCAUUGAUUUGCAACGAUGUCUGCUUUCUUUUUAUCUCUCUUUUUCUCCUCCUUUUGCUAGUACGUAACACAACUGCAAUUGGAAGGCGCAGGUGUACCUCUAGGCGCGGUCAAUAAAUCUUUUUAUUCCAUGUUU